AAUGGAUCAAUCUACAUCAAUUUUGAAUCUUAAAAGGGAAAAAUUUAGAACUGUCAUUCGAAAAGAGUUUAUUGAAUUAUAGCUCAAAAAAAAGAGAAUUAUUAUCCCAGAAUAAGAAGAUCAUGAUUUGAAUGAUAAACUUAAAAUUAUCAAAAAAUAAAUGAUUGCCAUUCAAGAAAAUAUUGAAAACGAUUUUCAAAAGGCUAUGAUUAAAUAUUAUAAUUACUUAGUAGAUUAAGAUCUCAUGAAUGAAUUACUCGUUUAAUUUGAAUUGAAUUUUCAAUAAAACUAUCGAAUCACCAUUUAUUGGAUUCUUUGCAAUCUUACAUUUGGAGAUAAAAUUGGAGCUAGAUUUCUAUUCGAUACUAAUUUCGAUUUUUUAAAAAUACUUUAUGUUGAUAUUAAAAAUCCUAUUUAUAUUGAAUAUGUUCUUGAAAUCAUUCAAAAUUUGCUGGCUGAUUAUGAUAUUGAUGUUUUCGAAUAUUUAAUGAAAGAUGAUGAAUUAUUGCUUAUCCUUAAUAAAAAUGUUAACUUGAUUUAAGAAGAAACCUAUAAUAAAUUAUUAGUGCAUAUUUGUGUUAAAAUUGUUGAAUUUAAAUCAAUAUUGAGUAAAUAUCUAGUAGAAACCUUAUGUUAAUUGAUGCCUUAAUAUAUUGCAUUUUAAUGUGCAUAUAUUCUAAUUUCAAGAAUGGAAUCUAGCGAUCAUCAUUUGGUUCUUUAUUCAAUUAAAUAUUUGCUAAAAAAUUAAGACAAUUUAACCGCUAUAAUUUUGAGGAUUUUAUAAGAAAUAAAGGAUUCCCAUCUAUUAUAUCAAAUAUUUGAAUAAUAAGAAAUCAAUAAUUUUAUUUUUAAUUUAUUUUUGACAUCUAAUAAUCCAAAUUGCAUUAAAUCUUUAUUAACUUUAUUUUAUAAUGUAGUUGAAUGGGAAGAUAUCUAAUUUUAUGUUUGUUAGAAAGAUAUCUUAAAUUUUAUAAUUCAAAUUUCUUUAGAUACUGAAUAUACUGAAUUAUCCUUAAAUGUCUUGGAAUUUCUAAUUUAAGAUGAUAAAUUUUUGAAUGAUUAUCCAUAACUUUUAAAUGAAAACUUUUAUUCCUCUUAAUUACUUAAUUUGAAUGUCGAUGAUGCAAAUAAAUCAAUCGCUAUUUUAAAAUAUGUUAAAAGAAUGUUAGAAUUUGGAGAUACGAUAAGAGAUGAUAUGUACUAAAAUAUAUUUGCUAAAAAUAAAAAUAAAGUAACAAAUCUAUUUUAUAAUCAGAUAGAAUUUUUGUUUAUGUCUUAAAAUGAAGGUCUAUCGAGUUUAGCAAAAUAGUUACUUUUAUGUUAUGAUUGA